UAGUUAGGGCUUUAUAUUUUGGUUGCCCUCCAACCUUUCACCGCUUUUUGUCUAAAAACCCAAAAAAUUUCUUGGCGGCCAGCCUCUCUUUCUCUUUUUCCUUCUUCUCGAAGCCUCUCUCUUUCCUUACUGAACCGCCCCAAUCUUUGAGAGGCUCCCAAUUUUUUCUACCCAUUUUCGACGGAUCUCUCUCUUCAGCCUGCGUGCAUAUUUUGAGGACGUAUCAAAGCUCAAUCUACCUUCCCUUGCAUUAACUAUGGCAGCUAUUGGAACGCCUUCUAAUGAUGCCGCAGAUUUGUUGCAGAAGCUAUCUCUGGAUUCUCAGACCAAAUCUCUUGAAGCUCAUGAACCCCCAAAGAAGUUUGGUUCAAUUGGUUCUCGCAAUGCUAUCAAUAGUUUGGCUAAGCCAUAUGAGCGUUCUGCAGUGCCCAUCCAGGAUUUUGCCAAUAUGAACAUGUAUUACCCACCCAAUGGUUACCCUUCCGCUCCCUUUUAUUAUGGAGGCUACGAUGAGUCACUAAACUUGUGGAAUGAUUAUAGAUACCUGAAUCAUGAUGGAGUUGAUAUGCAUUCAGGCCUUCAACAACGACGAGUAUCUUCAGGGGUUAAUCAAGCUGCUGGAUUCAUGGGCAGAUCGCACCUAAAUGAUCAAAUGUAUGGUCAUUAUGGUAAUGCUUAUCGGGGUGGUUCAGGAUAUGGAUUGAACUUCUACAGUCAGAAAUCUCCUUGGAAUUCGUGGCGAACGGUUGAUAACAAAUAUGCAGCUAAAGGACGCAACAAUGGGUUCUUUAACUAUGGGAAUGAAAAUAAAGAUAGUCUGAAUGAGCUAAGCAAGGGACCUAGAGCAAAGGAUGUGAAAAAUCAGCCAGGAUUUGGAACAGUUAAAUUGGCUGUGAAGGGGCAGGAUCUGGCUCCAAAAGUAAACAGCAAGGAAGAAACUAUCUCUGUAAUGUCAGACAAAGAUCAAUAUAACAGAGAAGAUUUUCCUGAGACUUAUUCAGAUGCUAGAUUCUUUGUCAUCAAAUCAUAUAGUGAGGAUGAUGUCCAUAAAAGUAUCAAGUACAAUGUCUGGGCAAGUACCCCCAAUGGAAACAAAAAGCUGGAUGCAGCAUAUCAGGAAGCCAAAGCAAAGCCUGACAGCUGCCCUGUGUUUUUGUUGUUCUCGGUAAAUGCUAGUGGGCAAUUUGUUGGCCUAGCAGAGAUGGUUGGUUCUGUUGAUUUCAACAAGAGCAUGGACUUCUGGCAACAGGACAAGUGGACAGGGUGCUUCCCUGUUAAGUGGCACAUAGUCAAGGAUGUCCCCAAUAGUUUGUUGAAGCACAUUACUCUUGAAAAUAAUGACAACAAGCCUGUUACAAAUAGCAGAGACACGCAAGAGGUUAAACUUGAGCAGGGUGUUCUAGUGCUUAAAGCUUUUAAGUCUCAUCUGACUAAGACUAGUAUCUUGGAUGAUUUUGAGUUUUAUGAAGCACGACAAAGAGCAUUGCAGGAAAAGAAGGCGAAGAGACUUCAGUUCCAGAAACAGGUACAAAAUGAGAACAGCUCUGGAGAUGUGAACGUUGCUACAGCCUUCAAUGGCGGAUCAGCAACUGGACCUGGACCUAACGGUCAACCCAAGACACAUCAGGAAUCUGUAGCUAGACCUCAAUCUUUUGCUGAUGCCGCCAAAGGUGCCAAAGGAGAUAAAACUGGUGCUGCAGAUGCCACCGUCACAUCUGCCUGAAAAUGGUACUUUCAGAGCUUCAACGUGGCUGGCGAUUCACAGGUUUUUGAAGGCAGAGUGAGAACCCAGCACAGUUCCUAGUUUUGAUCCAAAAUUUAGUUAGUGAUAUAGGUGGUCCUUUUCUCUGUUAUUGCAAACUUCACCUUUUUAUAUUUUUCUUAUGGGAUGGGGUGGAUAUGCGAAAUAUGGUUGUGUUAUUUUUCCUUUUUUUAAUUUUCUCUUUUUGAAUGUAGCCUCUUAAGGCAGAUUCUAUUUUUUGCGUUUUAUAGUUAAUGGGUUGUGUGGUUUUUGGGGAUCUGGGAAUAGUGGGUAGCUUAGCUGCAUAGGAGACUUUUCUGAGACCUAAUAGUAUGUGUAGCUUUAAUGAAAUUGAGUUUUUGUUUUGUUAAGUGAUGGUCAAUGGAGUUGGUGUUAAUAAAGUUUCAGUUUGUUUUUAUA